AUGGUCGUCCUCAACGACGUGGGGACCGUCCCCCAUCACUCCCUCCUCGCCCUCGUAUGGACCUGCUUCAGCGCCGCGCUGCUCUUCGUCAUCCUCCGCACCGUCGUGCGCUUCAAGAUCGCCACCCGCCUCACCGUCGACGACUACUUCAUCUUCCUCGCGCUCGCCGCCCUGCUGACGCUGUGCACGCUCGAGACCGUCCAGCUCGACAGCCUCUACCACAUCACCGCCGUCAUCGCCGGCCGCAUCUCCAUCUCCACCGAGCUCAUGUCCCAGACCGAAGAGUACCUCAAGUACGAGUUCGCCAUCAUCAUCCUCUUCUGGACCGUCCUCUGGUUCGUCAAGGCUGGCUUUCUCGCCCUCUACUUCAAGCUCUUCGUCGAGCUGCCCCACUACCGCAAGGUCUGGUACGUCCUCGCCGCCUUCUCCGUCGUCGGCUAUGCCGGCUGCGUCACCACCCUCUGCCUCUCGUGCGGCUCCGUCGACAAGUUUUUCCGGUUCGCGGGCUGCGCGGGGCCGGAUCAGGUGUGGGCGUCCAACCUGAGCAUCUACUUUUCCACCGCCGUCGACGUCUUUACCGACCUUUGCAUCAUGGCCAUGCCCCUCAAGCUCAUCCUCAACAUUAAGCAAAUCAGCAUCAAGCAGAAAGCCGGCCUCGUCUGUGUCUUCAGUCUCUGCUUCGUCAUGAUUGCCUUCUCCAUCAUCCGCGCCAAGCAGGUCCUCGUACCUCAGUACUUUGUCAACCUUACCCUCCUCAUGAUUUGGUCCACCCUCGCCGCCACGAUAUCCGUCAUUGUCGGAAGCCUCCCACCCCUCAAGAUCCUCAUCACGAACCGCGCAACCAGGCGCACCCGCACCGGCUCCCACAACAACGCCGGCGGCAGCAACCGCAUUCACCGCAAGGGCAGCGUCGUCCUCAGCUCCCUUUCUAGCGACAGGGCCCCGCCGGCUCCCGCCCAUAUCCACGCCCAGCGUUGCCCGGCCACGAGCGAGUCGCAAGAGGAGAUGCUCCGCUCCGGUGGCGCCAAAUUUGUCCUCGUCAAGAAUGAGCCAGAGUUUACUGGACCUGAGAGGGUGUGA